GCGGCUCUGCAUCCUGAAGGGGAUCUACCCCCACGAGCCCAAGCACAAGAAGAAGGUGAACAAAGGCUCCACGGCUCCCAGGACCUUCUACCUCCUCAAGGACAUCAAGUUCCUCCUUCAUGAGCCCAUCGUCAACAAGUUCCGGGAGUACAAGGUGUUCGUGCGGAAGCUCCGGAAGGCGUACGGGAAGAGCGAGUGGAGCACCGUAGACCGGCUGAAGGACAACAAGCCCACCUACAAGCUCGACCACAUUGUGAAGGAGAGGUACCCAACCUUUGUGGAUGCUCUGCGGGACCUGGAUGAUGCUCUCUCCAUGUGCUUCCUGUUCUCCACCUUCCCACGCACAGGCAAGUGCCACGUCCAGACCAUCCAGCUCUGCCGGCGCCUGGCUGUGGAGUUCCUCAACUACGUGAUCGCCUCCCGCUCCCUGCGCAAGGUCUUCCUCUCCAUCAAGGGCAUCUACUACCAGGCUGAGGUGCUGGGACAGCCCGUCACCUGGAUCACCCCUUACGCCUUCGCCCAUGAUCACCCCACGGACGUGGACUACCGGGUGAUGGCCACCUUCACCGAGUUCUACACCACGCUCCUGGGCUUUGUCAACUUCCGCCUCUACCAGUCCCUCAACCUGCUCUACCCACCCAAGAUCGAUGGCCAGGCUGAUGCUGAGCUGAAGCCUGCAGAAGGCAAGGAAUACGCCAUGGAUUCAGAGAGCUACCUGGAGAAGCUGUCUGCUCUGAGCUCCAGCCUGGCCCGGGUGGUGGCACCGACCCACGAGGAGGAGGUGGAGCUGGAUGAGUUCCCAGUGGAGGGGGAGACUGCAGAGCAGAUGGACGCAAGGAAGAAGGAGCAGGAGGCCCUGGAGAAGCACAAGAAGCUCUUUGAGGGGCUGCGCUUCUUCCUCAACAGGGAGGUGCCUCGGGAGCCACUGGCCUUCGUCAUCCGGUGCUUUGGUGCGAUGACCGGCCCAAGGUGCAGCAGCAGGUUGGUGGCAGGGCGGUACUACCUGCAGCCUCAAUGGGUCUUCGACUCAGUCAAUGCCAAGCUGUGCCUCCCUGUGGCCGACUACUUCCCUGGGGUGCUGCUGCCCCCCCACCUCUCGCCCUUCGUGACGGAGCAGGAGGGAGACUACAUCCCUCCUGAGAAGCUGAAGCUGUUGGCCAUGCAGAGGGGAGAGGAGCCAGGUGAAGAGAGUGAGGAGGAGGAAGAAGAGGAGGAAGAGGAGGACAACGAUAAAGAGGAGGAGGAAGAGGAAGAUGAGUCUGAAAAGGAAGAGGAGUUGAAAUUAAAGAAGCUGGAAGAGCAGAAGACUCAGAGCAACAAGCUGCGGCUGGAGGACAAGCAGCGCCUGGAGCAGGAGCAGCAAAGCGAGGAGAAGCGUCUGGCCAUCAUGAUGAUGAAGAAGAGGGAGAAAUACCUCUACAAGAAGAUCAUGUUUGGCAAGAAGAGGAAAGUCAGAGAGGCGAACAAACUCGCUGCGAAGAGGAAAGCCCACGAUGCUGCUGUCAAGGAGGAGAAGAAGAAAAGCAAGAAGGCCCGACGAGCGUGA